AUGGAAUCCAGUACUGGCAUCUCGGAGCUGGCUCGCACAAUAGUGAGCGCGCGCUCGCAAAUGGGCAAGCAGUGCUUCAAUCCGAAGGUCCAUUCAGUCGGAUCGGAGGCGUUUGAGCAAUGCCGCGAGAACUACUACUUCACCGAGACCGGCCAACGCAACGUCUACUCCAACCUCAAUAACCUCGCAUUCAGCAUGGAGAACUGCAAGUUCGUGUGUGCCAUCGUGCCCAAGUGCGUGGCCGUUGAGUUCUCCGAGGGGUCCUUCUGCAUCCUCCUGUCGACCUUCGAGAGCACCAAGAUGACCCGACAGCUGGGCACAACGACGCUGCGGAAACCGCCGGAAUGCGAGCAAAACCAGAAUGUGGUCGACCCGGUCGGGUACCCCUACGCCAUGGCCAUCGACGACCUCUACGCCAGUCUCUCGUGA